GCUUCCAGGUGAUAGAGAUCUGAGGCGUGGAGGAUUACUCUGUAAACCAUGUAGAGAUCUUGAAUCGUCAGAACAGAUGCUGUUUUAGUUGCCUUUUUGGUAAAUUUUCAUUGGUGUGUGCAUAGAGAUUGAAGAGUCCUGGAACCUUAUGGAUGCUGUAGGUAACACAGAUGACAAAUGUUGAAUCGACUUCAAUUCUAUGCAUGAGGGCUGCAAGCCUGCAGAACGAUAUAUUUUAUUUUGAAGUAUAAUUUGUAAACCUUUAGGAUGAUCACCCCAAGUGCAACCGCAACAUUUUAAAAAUAGCAAUCUGAACUCACUUCCAUAAUGUGCCUUUAUCUUGGAAAAUAAUGGACAUACACUCGAAGAGUUGUAUUAGUAUCAAAAUGGGGAGUACCAGGAACUGACGGCCAUGGCUAUAAAACAUUGACCGGAAAAGAGAGCAAGUGAGGAAGCAAGGGAGCAAGCAAGCUAUAUCCGGAGUUCGGCGCCCGUUGCCGCCAUUCCCUCCACACCUUCCAAACUCCAAAUCCAUCUUUUUCUCUGUCGCACAAAGGCUUUCCAACCAAACAAAGCGAAAAAUGCUGCAUGCUGGUCUCUCUUUUGGCCGGUUCUCCAUGCAUGCCUGUGUCUCCGUCGGAGAGCCAUGGGCCAAUGCUGCGCCAAGGGUGCCGGGCGCGCCGGCGACGCCAACUCGGACCCGCCGCUGCCCGCGCCCGCAGCCCCAAAGGUGGAGCCCGUUGCAUCGUCGUCGACCGCCAGCAACGGCGUCGCGGCGCCGCCGGCCGCCAAUGCCAAGCCGGGCAAGCCGCCGCCCCCCGUGGGCGAGGUGCUCGGCCGCGCCAUGGAGGACGUGCGCACCACCUACUCCAUCGGCAAGGAGCUCGGGCGCGGCCAGUUCGGCGUGACCCACCUCUGCACGCACCGCUCCACCGGCGAGAAGCUGGCGUGCAAGACCAUCGCCAAGCGCAAGCUGGCCAACAAGGAGGACGUGGAGGACGUCCGGCGCGAGGUGCAGAUCAUGUACCACCUCUCCGGCCAGCCCAACAUCGUCGACCUCCGGGGCGCCUACGAGGACAAGCACAACGUGCACCUCGUCAUGGAGCUCUGCGCCGGCGGCGAGCUCUUCGACCGGAUCAUCGCCAAGGGCCACUACACGGAGCGGGCCGCCGCCGCGCUGCUCCGGGCCAUCGUCGGCAUCGUCCACACAUGCCACUGCAUGGGGGUGAUGCACCGGGACCUCAAGCCGGAGAACUUCCUCCUGCUCAGCAAAGGGGAGGACUCGCCGCUCAAGGCCACCGACUUCGGCCUCUCCGUCUUCUUCAAGGAAGGCGAGGUGUUCAGGGACAUCGUCGGCAGCGCAUACUACAUCGCGCCGGAGGUGCUCAAGCGGCGCUACGGCCCCGAGGCUGACAUCUGGAGCAUCGGCGUCAUGCUCUACAUCUUCCUCGCCGGCGUCCCGCCGUUCUGGGCGGAGAACGAGAACGCCAUCUUCACCGCCGUGCUACGCGGGCAGGUCGACUUCAACGGCGAUCCAUGGCCAAACAUCUCCUCCGGCGCCAAGGAUCUUGUCAAGAAGAUGCUCAACAUCAACCCCAAGGAGAGGCUCACGGCCUUCCAAGUCCUCAAUCACCCGUGGAUCAAAGAAGACGGAGACGCACCCGAUACGCCGCUCGACAAUGUCGUUCUCAACAGGCUCAAGCAAUUCAGGGCCAUGAACCAGUUCAAGAAAGCUGCGCUGAGGGUUAUAGCUGGGUGCUUGUCGGAAGAGGAGAUCAGGGGGCUCAAGGAGAUGUUCAAGAACAUCGACAAAGAUAACAGCGGCACAAUCACGCUCGAAGAGCUCAAGAACGGGCUAGCAAAGCAGGGCACAAAGCUGUCAGACAAUGAAAUUGAGCAACUCAUGGAAGCAGCUGAUGCAGAUGGCAAUGGAUUGAUUGACUACGAGGAGUUCGUCACCGCCACAGUUCACAUGAACAAGAUGCAUAGAGAGGAGCACCUAUACACAGCAUUCCAGUUCUUCGACAAGGAUAACAGUGGGUACAUAACAAGAGAUGAGCUCGAGCAAGCCUUGAAGGAGAAGGGAAUGUAUGAUGCCAAAGAGAUCAAGGAGAUCAUCUCAGAGGCUGACACUGACAAUGAUGGGAGGAUAGAUUAUUCAGAAUUCGUGGCGAUGAUGAAGAAAGGAGCAGGCAGCACCGAGCCAACGAACCCAAAGAAGAGGAGAGAUCUAGUUCUAGAGUGAAACAGGCAUUUUAGCUCAAACAAGGAGAUGUGCAGUCACCACCAGUGCAGAGUGCAUAAUGGAACCCUCUUUCCAGAUGCUUCUCAGCAUGAGCUCAAAAUCGUGGACAGAUUUGUACAAUCUACUUACUAGUUGCUGAGGAGUAUCACUUGGAUUGGAAUCCACAUACAUACCCAUGAAUUUGGGGAAGAAAGAUGGAGUUGUCUCCCACCUGCACAUUUUUGUCAUCUUGUACACUUACACACUUACAUAAGAUGUUGGUGGU